UUUUUUUUUCCUCCGCGGUCCGGUGAUGGAGCUCCGACGGUUGCUACCGCCUCUGCUCGUCCUCUGCGCCGCCGCCCGGUGCUCGGUGUCCGGCGCAGCCUCGCGUUCAGGACCGAGAGUCACGGACAAGGUGUUUUUUGACAUCACAGUUGCAGGUCACGAGGUUGGUCGGAUUGUCAUCGGACUGUUUGGAGACGUCGCACCGCUCACUGUCAGGAACUUUGUUGCCCUGGCAACUGGAGAGAAAGGUUACAGCUACAAAGGAACCAGAUUUCACAGAGUCAUCAAGGACUUCAUGAUCCAAGGUGGAGACUUCACAGCUGGAGAUGGAACUGGAGGUCACAGCAUCUACGGAACGACGUUUGCAGAUGAAAACUUCAAGCUGAAGCACUUAGGAGCCGGCUGGGUGAGCAUGGCCAACGCGGGUCCAGACACUAACGGCUCUCAGUUCUUCAUCCUGGCUACGAAGGCUCCGUGGCUGGACGGGAAACAUGUGGUUUUUGGAAAAGUCCUGGACGGGAUGUCUGUGGUCCAUACCAUCGAGCUUCAGGACACCAACGACAGGAACCUGCCGUACACAGAGUGCGUCAUAGUCAACAGUGGCAGGAUCCCCGUCAAAGAACCCUUCAUGGUGGAGGUGGAGGGCUGGUAGGCUGGACCACGUAGGAUCAUGCUUAAUUUACAUUUGAAAGGGAUUCAAACUAUGUGACCACAGAACUGGUUCUUUUGAGUUCGCCUGUUUUUUUUGUUUUUUUUUAAACUGGACCUGGUCCUGAGCCAGACCUGCUCGUCUCUUCUGACCUUUAACCUUCAGAAGCCUGUUUCAUAGAACAUGUGUCAAAAGUAUGAAACUCACUGCCUCAUGGUUCAGUUACAGUUCUGUCACAGUUUUCAGGUGUAGGCGUGGCUUAAUUCCGAUGUGUUGACACCGGUCCAUAAUUUUAAAUAUAGGA